CAAAACACCUGAGACGAACACUCAACGACAGCAGAGCCAACCGGUUGAAUCAUAUUGAUUCUAGCGACCAAACCUUACAAUUGUGCGCCUAGCCAAAUACUUUAGCCACAACAAAAUCGUUAAGAUUUUAAAAAAAUUUUAAAUUUUCCAUCCUUGUUGAGAAAAAAAAUUUAAAAAAACAAAAUGAGUUCCACAGAUACUACCACAGACAAUCCAAUCUACGGACCAUUCUUCGGUGUUAUGGGUGCAGCUGGUGCUAUUAUUUUCAGUGCAAUGGGUGCCGCCUAUGGUACUGCGAAAUCUGGUACUGGUAUUGCUUCCAUGGCUGUAAUGAGGCCUGAAAUGAUAAUGAAGUGUAUUAUUCCUGUGGUCAUGGCGGGUAUUAUUGCUAUUUAUGGUUUGGUCGUAGCCAUUCUAAUUGCUGGUGAUUUAAAGAGCGCAUCAGAUGGUUACACCCUUUUUGAUGGCUUUAUGCAUUUGGGUGCUGGUUUGGCUGUAGGAUUUUCCGGGUUAGGUGCUGGCUUUUCGAUUGGUAUUGUUGGUGAUGCUGGUGUACGUGGUACAGCACAACAGCCACGUCUUUUCGUUGGUAUGAUCUUGAUUCUGAUUUUCUCUGAAGUCUUGGGUCUUUAUGGUCUUAUCGUUGCCAUUUAUCUAUAUGCCAAAUAAGUUACAUGAUAUUUUGCCUCGCAAGUCGUACAAAUCAUGUGCUACUGCAGCAACAACAAAAAUUAAUUACCAAUUAUUAAUUAAUGUUCGCAUUUUAUGUUAAAAAAAUUUUAUGAAAAAAAUUUUGAAUUGUACAUGUAAGUUUAGAGUAAUAAACAGAAGAUUUUAAAUUUACAUGUACAAUUUGAAAAUUUCCACCAAAAGCAACAGUUAAAAAUAAUUUUAUUCACAAACUCGAUUUAAAUUUAUGUAUUUUGUGUAUCAACUAAGCAAAUACAACAACCAUGAAAACACACAUGCGAAACACACACACUCAAACAUAACAUACAUUAUACACUGUAAUUAAGUCUCAAUUUAUUUAUUUGUAUUAUUUAUUGUUGAAUAUAUAAAUAAAGUAAGAACUAUAAAUUGUAAAAUAUAUAAAAAAACUUAAACAAAAAAAUUGUAAACGAAGAAGAAACAAAAAAGAACAAAAAAAGAGCAAAAUCCCUUUUAAACGAGAAAAAUGCUUAUCACAGCAAAAACAGCAACACUGGCAGCUUUUGCUGAAGUUUUUGGUGAAAUAUUCGUGAUGCUGAGAAUAUGACACAAUUAAAUUGAAAACAUUCGGUGUUGUUGUUUUUUCUUGUGAUUGUAGAGAAACUGUAUUAUUAGUUAUUUGAACAAACAAA